GCCCCUGGGGCCCUGGCGGCCUCCCUCUCCGCCCCUCCCCGCCCCUCCGGACUGGCUGGGCAGGGCUCCGACUACAGCACCGCCACUCGGGCUGGGGCAGAAGGGAGGGAGCGAGGGAGGGCCUGACCCGAGCCCCCGGACGCCGCGCGGGCGGGAGCUGGACCCAGAGCUCCCGUGGCCACACCUUCCCUGGGCUGGGUCAUGCGCUGCCCCAAGUGCCUUCUCUGCCUGUCAGCGCUGCUCACGCUCCUAGGCCUCAAGGUGUACAUCGAGUGGACAUCUGAGUCUCAGCUCAGCAAAGCCUACCAGGGACCCCAAGACACCCCACCAGGCCCCACACCCGCCAGCCCCGAGCCCACCCUGCCGGCUAACCUCUCUGCCCGUCUGGGCCACACCGGCCCGCUGCCCUCGGCUUACUGGAACCAGCAGCAGUGGCGGCUGGGGUCCCUGCCCGGUGGGGACAGUGCAGAGGCAGGGGGCUGCCAGGCUUGGGGGGCCGCCGCGGCCGCCGAAAUCCCAGACUUCAAGUCCUACCCUAAGGGCCUCCGCCGCUUCCUGCUGUCAGCGGCCUGCCGGAGCUUCCCGCCCUGGCAGCCUGGGAGUGGCAGUGGCCAAGUGGCUGGCUGCUCAGGCACCGACGUCCCCUACCUGCUGCUGGCUGUGAAGUCGGAACCGGGGCGCUUUGCGGAACGGCAGGCCGUGAGGGAGACGUGGGGCGGCCCGGCUCUGGGAGUCCGGCUGCUCUUCCUGCUGGGGUCUCCCGAGGGUGAGGGGGGGCCUGACCUGAGCUCGCUGGUGGCCUGGGAGAGCCGCCGCUACGGUGACCUGCUGCUCUGGGACUUCCUCGACGUCCCCUUCAAUCGGACACUCAAAGACUUGCUGCUGCUGGCCUGGCUGGGCGAGCACUGCCCGGGCGUGAGCUUCGUGCUGCAGGCUCCAGAUGACGCCUUCGUGCGCACACCCGCCCUCCUGGAGCACCUGCGGGGACUGCCGCCCAGCUGGGCCCGAGGCCUCUACAUGGGGGAGGUCUUCACCCAGGCCAAGCCCCUCCGGAAGCCUAGAGGGCCCUUCUAUGUGCCCCAGUCCUUCUUUAAAGGUCACUACCCAGCCUACGCAAGUGGGGGUGGCUAUGUCAUCGCCGGGCGCCUGGCCCCCUGGCUGCUGCAGGCGGCGGCCCGUGUGGCCCCCUUCCCCUUCGACGACGUCUACACUGGCCUGUGCUUCCGUGCCCUGGGCCUGGCCCCCAGGGAUCACAAAGGCUUUCGCACAGCCUGGCCAGCAGACCAAAGAGCCGACCCCUGCACCUUCCGGGACUUGCUGCUGGUGCAGCCCCUCAGCCCCCAGAACAGCAUUCGGCUCUGGAAGCAGCUGCAGGACCCCCAGUUCCAGUGCUGAGCUGUGGGGGAGCUGGGGAGAGGGAGGAGGGCAGACCUGGACAUCACCUCUCCCAGGCCUCCGUGGGAGGGAGAAACCCUAGAAUUGUAACUGCCUGAGCCCCUCCUUGGUCCUCCCAGGCGAGGGGGCUGGGCAGCAGGAGGUGACAGACUGUUUUUAUCUACUUCUUGUUUUUGAAAAAUAUGCACCCCACCCCCCACUCUGA